AUUUAAAAAAUCAUUCUCCUUUUAUUUGGUAAGAGAUUUUCUGAAAAUAUAAGCAUUGAAUAGAAUCGAAUAAUUAUGGAAUUUGAAAACGGAUUACUGUAUCAAUUGCCUAUUCUGCAUUGUGACGACAUUAUCUACAUCUGACUAUGUGAAAAGUAUCCAUCUUUUAUGACAACGGAUGACAUAACCUAACCUAUGCACUUCAGUAUACUCGUGUAUUAAUAUCCCCACUACUUCAUAAAUAAAUGAAUACUGGUAGCAAGUUGCUGCGGAAAAUUUACAGUAGAAGUUUUGACAUCUUCAAAUUUUUACGUUACAAGUAUAAGCAUUGCUACUAUGAAGCUCCAUUUUCAACUUCUCAUAUGUAUGGAUUAGCAAGAAAUCAAGUAUUUUCAAGAAACUUUUGCAAAAGCAUAUCAGGACCUAAGGCACUGACGUUGUGUUGUAAUUUUAUGGGAACAAUGGCAAAUUCUGCAGCAAAGCAGCCAUUUGGUCAAGCACCAUUGGAACCAUUUGUAGAAACAUAUUAUAAUUCUAGUAACAAUCACGAAAUUCCAUUCUCAUUUCAAGUAGAAAAUCUAGAUUGCGAAAGUAACGUUGAGACAAAUACGUGUAUUGAUACAACAAUGCUUUUGAAAGACAAAUAUGUGGAAGAUAAACAAAGAUAUGAAGCAAUGAGGCGCUGGAAACAAGUAUUGAAAGAGAAGCUGACCUCUAAUUCUGAAGAAUAUUUUGUCCUGAGAGUACUAUCCUUCAACAUAUUGGCACAGUAUCUGCUGGAAACUUAUCCAUUUCUAUACAAGGAACAUGACAAACGGGCACUAUCUUGGAAUAUUAGGAGGCAGCUUCUCUUGCAAGAGAUUUUAGGAACACAAGCUAAUAUAAUUUGUCUUCAAGAGAUGCAACAAGAUCAUCUGGAAGAAUUUUUAGUUCCGUUCAAAGAAUUGGGUUAUGCUUAUUUAUAUAAAAAACGAACAAAUGAUAAAAGAGAUGGUUUACUCUUCAUGUAUCGUGCCGAUCAGUUUAUUUUAAUGGAACACGUAAAGGUUGAACUUUAUCAGUCGGGCAUAGAACUCUUAAGUAGAGAUAACGUGGGGAUCGUUGCAAAAUUAGCAGUUAAAGAAAGUCCUCAAACACAAUUAGUAAUUGCUACAACUCAUUUACUUUAUAAUCCAAAAAGAAACGACGUUCGAUUAGGACAGACGCAACUACUUCUAGCAGAAAUUGAAAGAAUCGCUUUUUUGGAAAACACGCCGGCAGGAAGCAAAUAUCUUCCAGUUAUUUUGACGGGUGACUUCAAUUUAGAACCGAAUUCUGGAGUACACAAAUUCAUCAUGAGGGGAUCGUUCGAGUAUCGGGGAAAAGGAAGAAAUCUUGAGCAAACAGAAUAUAGAACUCUUUCGAAUUCGUUAAUUCCCCCUCGUCUUUAUAUUACCGAUAAUUGUCAACACUUUAACAUUUUAAGGCAUCGGUUGCGUGGCGACGGACCGUAUAGAGUGAUGUUAGAAAAUAGCGAAAAUUCCGGUUCAGAAGAAAAUCCUUCAAACGCUUCGUCCAGUUAUCGCGAGGUGAAUACAGACACAACUGAUCUUCAAACGAUAGAAAUUGCUCGCGAUUGUCAGGCGAAGUUCUGCUCUGGUACUUUAACGCAUCCGUUCCAUUUCCAUAGCGUGUACAAGCACCAAAAGAAGAAUGGAAAGCGAGAAGCAACAACGAAUCAAGAUGCAUGGAUCACGGUUGAUUAUAUUUUUUAUAGCGAUUUAAAACUUAUCGAGAAAUACACUUUACCGACAGUCGCAGAAUGCUCCACAUUACCUACGAUACCUAACUUUGCGGUCGGUAGUGAUCAUCUUUGUUUAGGAGCAACUUUCAAAGUAUACAAGAAAAAAGUUAACACAGGCAAUGUGAUAAGGAAUAAUAAAACAAGUUCUUUGUAACUAACGCGUUUAAAGGUUUAUAUUCGUUGUACAAAUCUAAGAAAAACUGGAAAAAAAUGGUAUACAGUGGUCAACUUGUUUUAAUUUAAUAAUUCAUGAUAUGUUUAUUGUUUUUAUUUAUUUUUAUCGGCAUAUCCGUUUGAAAGAAAGAUGUGCAAUCUAAUGGUUUAUAACUGAAAUAUAAUGUAUUCAUACAUUGUAUAAAUCUAAAAUAUUUAUUUAAAGUAUGAGGACAAAAUAUAAUGAAAAACUAUUCUUCUUUAA